UGCUCUCGACUUAAAAGCCUCUUUUCUUGCUUAUCAGCUGAAAUAAGCAAUCCUGUGAGUGUGGUCUUCGCUUCUGCAGCUUCUCCAACGUCUUCAUCAGUCACAUGUUCACUCCACUGUCUGUGCCUUUCAUGCUCUGUUUGUCUUUUCACCCGAGUCUUGUCUAACACUUGUUGUGUGUUUGUUUUUAUUUUCUGUGUGAUAACUGACGUAGCUCCAAAGAUUCUCCGAUCUCCUACAGUGCUCCCGCGUCCUCAAACGUCUCAGCCCGUCACCCCUCUCCCUGCUGCUGCUCCCUCCUCUACCUCCUCCUCUCCUCCCUUUACCUCUUUCCCCUCCCCUCCUACCUUCCCUCCUCCCGCCUCCGUCUUUCACUUCCCGUCUCCCCCCUCGACACCUCCUGUUUACAUCUUACCCGUCGCUCCCGUCCUCCCUCACUUCUUCACCUUGCCUUACUCCCCUCCUCUCCCCUCCACCCCUCAGAGUCCUUUUAGCUGCUCCUUGUUCUUCUCUCCCCCUCACCUUCCUCCCUCUUCCGAUCAUCUGCUCUUCUCUCCUCCGCCUUCCUCCAUUCCUCCUCUCGAUCUUCGCCCUCCUCCACAUCCUGCACCUUUAAAAUCACCUCCCCCUCCUCUCUCUUCUUGCAACCCCCUUCCCUCAUCUGCUCCUUCAUCUUCCCCUUCUACUCCCCCCUCUCCUUCAAUAAUCUGUGCCUCCUCUCCCCCUCCUCUUCCUCCAACAUUUCUCUCACCUUCUCUCCCUACCUCCCCUCUUUUUUCUCCCACUCAUUGUUCCCCUUGUCCUCCUCUAUGUCACCACUCUCCUCCUUCCCCUUCACUUCCCGCCUCACCUCCUCCCUCUCCCCUUCCUCCGGGAGUCCCUCGUUACUUCAGACGGGAUCGCUCUGUCCCUGAAUUUUACAUUUAGACGUCUGUUGGUUGCUCUGCUCCUCUUCUGCCUUUUUGUGUAAAUUUAACUCGACUAACUUUCCUGGAUUCUGCUCAAGCUUUUGCUCAUUGACUGCAGAAAUAAUUGAUCUGAGCUUGAGCUUGUUUUAAACUCAAGCCGCUCGAAGGACGACUCCUCCGCACGCUAAUUUCAUGAAAUCAGCUCUGACUCUGGGUCUUAAGUUAAGGGCUUUAACAAAAGGGCUUUUCUGACUUAGGUGGUCGGGAACUCCCGACCGUUGCUGAGGAACUUUGCAGGCGACCUGAUUGAUUUUCUGCAUUUCUAAAAAACAGUACAUGUGAAGUUUAUAUUUUCUAUUGUCUUUGAGACUUUCAUUUCUGUUUCCAUCUUCUUGUGAUCUGAUCAUGUGUCUCUCCUGCAGUGAUGGUUCAGCUGUCACACACAAGUUCCCAUGAGGAAUAUCCUUAAAGCAGCUUUAAACAAUUUGUGCUGGUCUCUAUAAGCUCCGAACGCUGACACAUCAACUUACACGUCCUGCAGACGUCGACAUCAACAUCAAGCAACAUCAGCAUUUUUUAAAUGACAAUACAAUAUUCUGUCUCCUUUAGCUCAGCUUUACUCUCAACCAACUCUUGAGAGAAAUGAUUAUCGACCAGUAAUAAUACUCACGCACGUCUGCAGGAUGUGUAAACUGGCAACUUGAACUUGAUAAAGUGAGUUUGUCAACGUUCACAGCUUGUUGACACUGGCCCCAAGUGGCCACAAAAAGCUAGUGCAGUGAAUGCAGCUUUAAACUGUGUUGGGAUCACACCUGUGUGACUUUUGAACACCUUUAGAUGUUCCAAGUGUUUCUCAUUUCAUCACCUCCACCACUCUACCUCUCCUUGCCCUCCUCCUUUCCUCCCCUCUUUUUUUUUUUAAUCUUUCCGCCCUCUUCGACCCCCUCAUCCUCUAAUCCUUUACUCCUGCC